GCCCUUACUAUCUUUAGCCAGGGAGAUAUUUAUAUCCCCCAGGGAAUCUUUUGCCGCUGCGGGGGAGCCCGAGUUGGUAGCCGCUGCAUCCGGGCCUUCAGAGGCCGCCUCCGCCCCCUUGGGCUGGCCAUGCCGGAGGCUCUGGUGCAGGUGUGGGUGGGCACCCAUCUCUUCAAGGCCGAGCGAGCCCUCCUUGUGGAGCACUGUGGCUUUUUCCGCGGCCUCUUCCGCUCGGGCAUGCGGGAGGCGCGCACAGCCGAGGUGCGCUUGGGCGUGCUGAGGCCGGAGGGCUUCUACAUCACGCUGCAGGUGCUGCGCGGCGAGCGGCCGGCGCUGGCGGCCGCCGACGAGCUGCUGCAGGCUGUGGAGUGCGCCGCCUUCCUGCAGGCGCCGGCGCUGGCACGCUUUCUGGAGCACAGCCUCACGUCGGACAACUGCGCGCUGCUCUGCGACGCGGCCGCCACCUUCGGGCUGCACGACGUCUUCCACAGCGCCGCGCUCUUCAUCCGGGACGGCGCGCGCGAGUUGGCGGCCCUGCUGGCGUUGCCAGAGACCCGCGCCUACGUGGCGGCGCUGAGGCCCAGCAGCUACGUGGCGGUGAGCACACACGCGCCGACGCCCGGCUUCCUGGAGGACGCGUCGCGCACCAUCUGCUACCUGGACGAGGAGGCGAACAGGUGGCGCACGCUGGCCGCGCUGCCCCUGGAGGCCAGCACGCUACUGGCUGGCGUGGCCACGCUGGGCAACAAGCUCUAUAUCGUGGGGGGCGUGCGGGGAGCCAACAAGGAGGUGGUGGAGCUGGGCUUCUGCUACGACCCCGACGGCAGCACGUGGCGCGAGUUCCCCAGCCCGCACCAGCCGCGCUACGACACGGCGCUGGCCGGCUUCGACGAUCACCUCUACGCCAUCGGUGGCGAGUUCCAGAGGACUGCCAUGAGCUCGGUGGAGCGCUACGACCCGGCCGCCGGCUGCUGGAGCUUCGUGGCCGACCUGCCACAGCCGGCCGCGGGCGUGCCCUGCGCCCAGGCCCGCGGCCGCCUCUUCGUGUGUCUCUGGCGGCCGGCCGAUACCACGGCUGUGGUGGAAUACUCGGUGCGGGCCAAUGACUGGCUGCCUGUGGCAGACCUGCGGCGCCCCCAGAGCUACGGCCACUGCAUGGUGGCUCACCGCGACUGUCUCUACGUGGUGCGUAACGGACCCAAGGACGACUUCCUGCACUGCGCCAUUGACUGCCUCAACCUGGCCACGGGCCAGUGGACAGCGCUGCCCGGUCAGUUCGUCAACAGCAAGGGCGCACUCUUCACGGCCGUAGUGCGCGGCGACACCGUCUAUACCGUCAACCGCGUGUUCACGCUGCUCUAUGCCAUUGAGGGCGGCACCUGGCGGCUGCUAAGGGAGAGAGCCGGCUUCCCACGGCCCGGCUCCUUGCAGACCUUUCUCCUGAGGCUCCCUUCCGGUACCCGGGGACCUGUGGCCUCGACGACGCCAGAACUAUGACCCCCCUGGGCUGGGCUUGAGGAGGGGAUGCCCAGGAUCUUCCGUGAGCCAUGGCUGAGUCUGUGAGGCUGGCCUUAGGAGCUGGGAACUUUUCUGUCCCCACCCUCCCAAACCCCAUUGAGACAUCCAGGUCUUGUGCCUUCUGGUGGUGUGAACACAUCUAAGGAUCUCAUGAAGCAACAACUCUGGGAUGUCAGCCCUCAAACUGCUUGGGCUCUCUUGAGAGUUGGUGGGUCGCAAUGUCAGUGGAAGGGAUGGGGAGGGGAGGAUUUCAAUAAUCUAGGCUUGUGUGUAAAUGGGCCAGUAAUUGAGCAAGGCUGAGAGUUUGUUAAGUAAUGUUAAACUGGCAUCAGUAGGCAAGAAUUAGGCACCUACUGUGUACCCAGCGCAGUCCUGGGCCUAAUAUGGCUGUAGUUGCCAGACGGGUGUCCACAAAGCUUAGAGUCUAGCCCAGGACAACAAAAGGUUUACAUACACUUGUCUUAAUCCACAGAGGGCUGAAGGCAAUAUAGAAGGGAAAAAAAACAACCCACCACCAACAACCCCCACAAUGAAGUACUGAAAAAAUUAGGACAAAGGGAAAAUAGGAAGAGGAAAAAAUAAUUAUUCCAGGAACAGGGAAUAAAGUACUGAAAAAAUUAGGACAAAGGGAAAAUAGGAAGAGGAAAAAAUAUUCCAGGGUAGUAAACAAACUGUAUGAAGAAAGCAAGCAUGAUAAUUAGCUGCUGAAAGGGGAAGUUCAGAAAAGGAAAGAUGGGAAAGCUAGAGCUGAUGGGAAGAGUCUGUGAGCCCUGCCUUUAAGGCAAAACAGCUGUAGCUGGGGGCAUCUGGGGAGGCAAUGAGGCUGAACUGGCUUGUAGAAACGGGGCUGAACCUGGAGUGAGUCCUGCGAGAGAGAAAAGGUUCCCCACACCCGCUGAUGGGAUGUGGGCCCGCAGCAGAGAAUCCAGUUGGAAGUCCCUUGCCCAGUGUCUUUUUUAUCAUCACCCCAGGGGCAGUGGACUAUUAAGUGCCAUGACUUCAGUCACUCAAGGUAUGAACCCAGUUUGGGCCACAUCUAACUGCCUCAUCUUCCUCAGCUGUAUCCCCUCCUCUACAUUCUACAGCUUAAUUCUCUCCUCCUAGCUCUCUGCUCCUGCCAUUCCCUGGAUCUGGACUGCCUUUCCUCUUCCUCUCUCUCUGUUGGCUCUGUACCUACCUCCUCUGUGCAGCAUUGGCUGUUCCUAACCUUGGCUGCCAUCAUUCUCCGUGUUUGCGUGCGGGCACAGCCACGCACACGUGCAGCUAGCAAGAGCAGAGAUUCUAUUGUGCUGUCAGCCAAGCUGGGGCACUCCCGCCUACAGAAUAGAAUGAUGAGGUCCGGGAAGACCCCCAAGCUGUAGAGACUCCUAGUUAGGGACCUGGUGUUAGACAAAGACUUACCCCUCCUUUAGAGCACCCCUACCCUGGUUUCUGGUCAGAUGCCCAGCUUUUCCAGUCUACCCAUGCCCCUGGGAACACUUCACUGAGUUGACCUAGAUGGCUUUCAUCCUCCAGGCCCCAAGGCCCAUGAGAAGUCUUGGCCUCUUCACAAGUUGAUGUAGCAUCAACCUGGCACCACUUGGGCUUGGAACUUUGUGUCUGGGCUGCCCCUCACUGCCUUUUCCCUGACCUAUGUCCCAAGUCCUGGAGAAUGCUGCCCUCAGACGCCCAGGACCUUUUAGGCCUGAAUUAACCUAAUCUGGUGAGUCACAGUAAUAAAUGCUGAGUUUUACAUCCUGUGAGGGAUGCACAAAGUACUUUCACAUCCAUUUCCCACUCCAGCCAUACCUCAGUCCUGGGAGUUGGGUGCCUUCUCCCAACGGAUGAGAUAAUGUGAGGUUCAGAGGCCAAGUGACAGAGCCCUUCACUUUUUAGUUCUGUCCAAGUAUAAUUUUAUUCACAUAUCAAAGAUUUAUAUAACUCGUUAAUGAGGAAACCAAACGAAUGGUAAAGCUGGUUCCAAGGAGCAUUUGGGAAACUAGAGAUCUGUCUAUUCUGUUGGAAAGAUGUCCUGGAAUAAGUUUGCUAAGGUAGAGAUGGAGCUGAUUAAUGUCUUAACAGGAAAUAAAGUCGUAACUUUUGUGAUCCUUUA